AUGUUAAGUUGGAUCGAAUCAAAGAGAAAAUUUCGCAAGGACAUGCAAGAACUAGAAUUUAAGAUCCACGAGGAUGGUAGCUUGAGGUAUAAAGGAAGGUGGUGUUUACCACAAAAGUGUGAAGAAUUGAAGCAAAAGCUUAUGGAGGAAGGUCAAAAUACACCAUAUUCAGUGCACCCAGGAGGUGACAAGUUGUAUAAGGACCUUAAGAAGGUGUAUUGGUGGCCUAGAAUGAAGAAUGAAGUCGCUGAAUUUGUUUCGCGAUGUUUGAUCGACUUGCCAGAAAGUCAAAAUAGAGCAUAUAAGACCCAAAGGGAAAGUCCAACCACUACAGAUUCCAAGCUGGAAAUGAAAUUGUAUUUCUAUGGAUUUCGUCACGUGUUUUCCGUGAUCGAAAGCAGGAAAUGUACCAUAUGGGUAGUAGUAGAUUAG